AUGGCACCCUUUAUUGAUGUUACAGACAACAGCAUGACAGUCAACGGGAUUGGUAGUAAUGGGACGGCCCAGGCUCUCCCACGCCGCAAGCUGAGGAUCGCCAUCAUCGGCAGCGGCCUCGCCGGCGCCACGGCUGGCGGGCUGUUGACCAAGCUUCCAGACGUCGAAGUCAAGAUAUAUGAAAAAUCCGACGUCGUGCGAGAAGUCGGGGCCUUGAUCGGGGUGGCCGUUUCAGCCAUGAAGACCUUGUCCCGGUGUCUCUCCCCAGAAGGGUUCGAACAGCUUCAAUACAUCCUCUAUCGGGGCCCGUAUGCGGACGGAAUCAAUCACCGCCACUGGAAGACGGGCGAGGUGCUGAAGCAGGCCGUGUCACCUCACACCCCUCGACAUCUCCAAGAGGGCCGCACGAGUCGCGUGCCUCUGCACAGAAUCCUGAUGAAUGAAGUCCCUGAAGGUGUUGUUCAGCACUCCCGCUCGGCUGUCUCGACCGAGAAAAUCACCAAGGGAGACGACGCAGGGGCGAUGCAAGUGACCUUCACGGAUGGGACGAGUGAAAUUGCUGAUGUGGUGGUCGCCGCCGACGGGCUCUAUUCGAAAAUCCGCAGACAUUAUCAUCCCGACAGCCAGAUAGCUUCGAGAGGCCGUGUGGCUUAUCGCUAUACCUUUCCGACCAAGCUGAUUGAGCACAUCAAAGACCUGCCAGAAGACACGUCGUCCUUCCGCAAGCAUGGCGAGAUAGUCUUUCUGUCCCGACUAGAGCCUGGUGUGUACGCCUUCACUGCGCUAAUCGACACCCCGGAUGAGGAGGCAGCCCAGCUAGAAUGGGCCAAACCCAUGGGCCAAGCGGGCCUCGAGCGUUUACGCAGGGGCCUCGAGGGGUGGAAUCCCAUCAUCCACCGAGUCAUCGAUGUACUCCCAGACAUCCAAGUGUACCCGCUACAGACGUCCGAAUGGAUGCGCAGCCUGGUUCGAGACGACGCCGUGGCGUUCGUAGGAGAUGCAGCUCAUCCCACGGCUGGCGCGUACGGCGCCGGGUGCUCCUUUGCCUUCAACGACGUAUGGUGUCUGUACCGCUCUCUCGGGAGCGCCCACGAUCCCCGAUCCUCGCCCCGCGUCGUGCCUUACCACGUGCCGUACGCGCUCCAUCUCUACAACGAAAGCCGCGUCCAUUUCCUGCACCGCGUGGAACGACAGAUCCAGAUGGACAAGCGGGACUACAGCUACAUCAGGGCCGCCGGCGAUGACCACCAGGAGUGGGUGAGGAGGUACAAGGAGCGCUUCACCAUCAACUGGUGGCUGCUGGAACACGACGCCGAGGCGGAGUGGCAAAUGGUCGAGAGCGAGGUGCGAUUCCGGAGAGACGAAUUCGGUCUGGGCUCCCUUGAUGAGAAUAUGGCCAGUGUUGACUUGGGCGCCGCUAAAGGGUUGGCUCCUCAUUUAGGCGCUUUUUGAGCACCAGAACUAUUGUAUGGUAAAGGCCGACGUGAGCUGCAUUGAAAAGUUGGAGAUGGGUUUCCGCUCAUAUGUUUCUCAACCAGCCAGGAGGAUGCUCGUACAGUCGGCGAAGGCCCAAGAAGGAGCUGCUUCACUUGACAAGGUGUAUGGCCAUCCAUAUCUCUCAGGUAGGGAAAUGAGGCAAUCCAAGAUAUUUGGACUGAGGUUGGGAUAAAGAGGGAUAAGACCGUGCGAGACUUACGUCGAGUAUCG